CAUUGACAGCUGAAAAUUAUCCUUGUAUUUUCAUUUUCCGUGAGCGCGCGCGUGGAGUGCGACUAAAACGUGGUGUGUAAUAUCAAUUUUUGUUAAAAAUAAAUCAAAAUGAAGGGCGAUAAGAACGUAGACAUUCAAGCUCUAAAGGAUAUCGCAAACAAGCUUAGAAUCGACAGCAUAGUUGCGACAAAUGCCUCCAAAUCCGGACACCCCACAUCAUGUGCAUCCAUGGCGGAGAUCAUGUCAGUGCUGUUCUUCCACACCAUGCGCUACAAGAUCUCAGCACCCAAGGAUCCCUCUGCUGACAGAUUCAUACUAUCCAAGGGUCACGCUGCUCCAAUCCUGUACGCAGCAUGGGCAGAAGCUGGACUCUUCCCCGUAGAAGACCUGAAGAACCUCCGCAAACUUGACUCCGACCUUGAAGGUCAUCCCACACCCAGACUGAACUUUGUGGAUGUUGGUACUGGCUCACUGGGCCAAGGGCUGGCCGUGGCGGCUGGUAUGGCGUAUGUUGGCAAAUACUUUGACCAAGCACCUUAUAGGGUAUACUGCUUGAUUGGCGACGGAGAGGCCGCCGAAGGCAGCGUGUGGGAGGCGCUCCACUUCGCCAGCCACUACAAACUAGACAACCUGGUUGUCAUCUUUGAUGUUAACAGACUCGGCCAGUCCGAGCCCACCUCCCUGCAGCAUCAGAUGGAUGUAUACGCCGCUCGCCUCAAAUCUUUCGGCUUCCACACCCUAGUGGUAGACGGUCAUGACGUCACCGAACUGGUGAAGUCGUUUGACGAAGCAGCAUCAGUAUCGGGCAAGCCUACAGCCGUGGUUGCCAAGACAUACAAGGGCAGAGGCUUCCCGGGCAUCGAGGAUAAAGAGAAUUGGCACGGGAAGGCUCUUGGUGCUGAGGGGGACAAGAUUAUCAAACACCUUCAAUCUCAGAUCAAGAACACGACAAUCAGCCUCAAGCCCCAACCUCCCCUAGCAGAGGCACCCAAAGUGCACAUCAGUGAUAUCACUCUCUCCUCCCCCCCUGCGUACAAAAAGGGGGAGUUGGUGGCCACUAGAUUAGCUUACGGCACUGGGCUUAAGAAGAUCGCGGAUACCAACCUCAGAGUGAUUGCUAUGGAUGGUGACACAAAAAAUUCCACAUUCAGUGACAAGCUGCGUAACGCUUACCCCGACAGGUACAUCGAGUGCUUCAUCGCUGAGCAGACGCUGGUAGGCGCGGCGACGGGCGCCGCGUGCCGCGACCGCGCGGUCGUCUUCGCGUCCACCUUCGCCGCCUUCUUCACGCGCACCUUCGACCAGAUUCGCAUGGGCGCCAUCAGCCAGAGCAACAUCAACCUGGCCGGGUCCCACUGCGGGGUCAGCAUCGGCGAGGACGGACCCUCACAGAUGGGGCUGGAGGACCUGGCGCUUUUCCGAGCAGUGCCUACCGCCACAGUUUUCUACCCCUCGGAUGCAGUGUCCACGGAGCGCGCGGUGGAGCUGGCGGCCAACACGCGCGGGAUCUGCUACUUGCGCACGUCUCGUCCCAACACCGCUGUCAUUUACGACAACGACACCGUCUUCAAGGUGGGAGAAGCGAAGUUAGUGCGAAGCGGUGCUUCGGACCGCGUUCUGCUGGUGGGCGCGGGCGUUACCCUACACGCCGCGCUCACCGCCGCCGCUGCGCUCGCGCAAGAAGGUGUAGAGGCGCGUGUGCUGGACCCCUUCACUAUCAAGCCCUUGGAUGAAGCGGCGCUGCGCAAGCACGCCAAGGCCGUCGGCGGACGAGUGGUGGUGGUGGAGGAUCAUUACCAGGCCGGUGGGCUGGGCGAAGCAGUGAUGUCGGCGUUGGCCUUGGAGCGUGACGUCAUAGUGAAGCACCUCUUCGUCAAGGAAGUACCACGCUCGGGCGGACCGGACGAACUGUUGGACAAGUACGGCAUCUCCGCCCCGCACAUCGUUAACGCGGCCAAGCUAGUUCUCAAGGCGUAGAUGUGUACCAGGUCAAUGAACUAAUGAACUAAACUACCCUCCAAUUCAUUAAAAAAUCUCAUUUCUUUCAAAUAAUCUGAAUAGCCAGGUUACUCAUACUCCUACCCCUUCCAGGUUUUCCCGCUUCCAUCUUAGACUGCAUCAUCACUUACCACCAGGUGAGAUUGCAGUCAAGGGCUAACUUGUAUUUGAAUAAAAAAAUUAAAAUGGGCAUUACCUACCGACUGCGCCACUUGUGAUGGUUAGGUAAAAAAGAAUAUUUAAUAGGUUCCAGGAACAGAAAGCUCACUCCGCAAAGAUGUUUAAAUUAAUAGCGACUCUUGUACAACGCAAUAAAGUGCAAUUCAGCUUGCACAACACUGCGGUCUAGAAUAUAAAAAAAAACCUCUAUAUCGCGUAAACUGUUAUCUCUCUCUUUCUCUCUGCCUGUUAUCUUUUAUGAGAGAAACAGAGAUAAGUUUCCUUGAUGAUAAAUUGAUCCUUAUUGAUUGUUCAAAGCUUAACGUUUUUUUAUGAAUUGGAGGGUAGUUCUCUAUAAUUUUCCUUAUUAUUUUUCUAUGAAUUAUGAAUCAAAGAUCAAGUUCUGAGCUAUGUUACGAGUAACUGUUAAUAUAAAUCAAUUCAUUUGUUACAAAAACUACUAUUGAAUAGUUUAUAAGCAUCUCUCGUUUUCUAUUUUAUUUUUUACUUGAAGUUCUUUUUGUAACAAGAUGACAAUAAUAAUAUCGUUAACUUUUCAAAUCAAUUAAAAUAUUGAAUGUUUAAUUGUUUAAAAGAAACAGUGAAUUUUAAUUAGUUUUUAAUUCAGUGGUUUUGUUACUGUUCUCUAUUUAAAGAAUCUCCGAAAUAAUUGCGAAAUUCCGGCGUUAAUCCGAAAAAAAAUAAAGUUGUGCCACCAAGUGAUUUAGCGUUCCAGUACGAUGCUACACGCUAGAAAAUCCGAUUUAAAUUUCGUGCCUAUGUCGGGGAAUCAAAAAAUCAUGAUUUGGAUACCCAUUUAUAUUUUAUUGAUAUAAGGCUGAUGAUGUGUGAUACUAUAGAAAUUGAGCUUGUGAUUAGGAAUCUAAAGGUAGACAACCUACUAUACUGUAUCCACGGAAAGAACUUAGUAUAGCGCUCUGUCUGUUAUGUAAUCCCAUACGAAUGACAGAGACCAAAAUAUCAGUGGGCGUUAACCAUUUUGAGCCACUGACCAAUCACAGACGAAACGAAUUCGAAUUGAAUUUCAAAUUUUUUUUUGAAAUUCACCAAUGUUUUUACCUACCUUAUCAAAAAAAUUGUAUGUCAGGGUUUCCUGACUGGAUGUGUUGGUUCAACUCUGUAUUGUAAACACAUUGUCAUCCCAUAUUCAAACAAAUAAAUUAUUUCAAUUCAAAUAUGUUGGUUUCUCAAAAUGUCUGAGAUCGUUGUCUCUGUCAUGGGGUUAAGUAACAGAGAUACUAUACUAAAUUGUUUUCGUGGAUGGAAUAUAGUGCUGGGUAGGCUACCAGUAUUUGUAAGAACUGUAACAUUACCACAUUCACCAUAGAGCUAUCGGCUUUUAUAGCGACUAUUCUGGUCUAUAUAGUACCGAACAGUUCAGAAAGAGAAUAAGC